CCAAAUAUUGUUUGCAAACUAUCAAUCAAUACUACCGAAAACAUCAUUCCAAUAAGAUUUUCUAGUUUGCUUUGAAGUGUUGCAUUUAAUUCCCGUGUGCCCUGUUGGAGCGUCUGAUUUAUGGCCCAUAACUCCCCUGGACAUGGGCAUUCGAUUAUUGCUGGUUUGGAUACUCAGGCUGCGCCCAGUGGGAAAUCCCUCAAAGACGCAAUGGUUGACAAGACUCCACUCCCUGAGAAUGUUGUGUUCGUCGCGCAAGCUGAGACUCCCAACGAUUCAGAUGGCAGAGCAAGAGGUUACCAUUGUCCUAAGGCUGACUAAAAGGAAAUUUGGAAAGUUGAUGCAAGAUGGCUCAGUGAAGAUCUUUAAAUGGGAAGUCUCCCAUGGAUUCACAUGGACCAGGCGGGAUGAAGACAAAGUUCAGUUUGAGACAACCUUGAAUAACUUCAUAAGGGAGUUAAAUAAGGUCAAAGGCAGAGAGAUGCAGUAGCAAGCAGUGGCACUACCAAUGGCAGAAAUCUUUGUGCACCCUUAUUUGGAGCAGCUUCCAGAUGGCAGAGAACUGGUUUGGAGAGAAGGGCCACUAGGGUGGGUGGCAUGGACAGAUAUUAUCCUCAACAACAAUGUUCAGGAUGUUGUUUACCAGUUUUAAUUAACAUAUAUAAAUUUGAGACUUGAACGUAUGAUUUCAUUGCAUUAGCACUUAAAUUUUUUUAUAUGAUGUAAUAUCUUCCUACUGGUUUAGUUUAGAAACAAAUGCUCUGUUGAUACAAUGUUGAUAUAAUUUUGUAUAUGAUGUUGAUACAUUGAUGAUAUGCUUUGUAUUUUGAUCUCA